AUGCGUUUCGCCGUCCCGUUGCCAGCAUUCCGCCGUCCCGUUGCCAGCAUUCCGCCGUCCCGUUGCCAGCAUUCCGCCGUCCCGUUGCCAGCAUUCCGCCGUCCCGUUGCCAGCAUUCCGCCGUCCCGUUGCCAGCAUUCCGCCGUCCCGUUGCCAGCAUUCCGCCGUCCCGUUGCCAGCAUUCCGCCGUCCCGUUGCCAGCAUUCCGCCGUCCCGUUGCCAGCAUUCCGCCGUCCCGUUGCCAGCAUUCCGCCGUCCCGUUGCCAGCAUUCCGCCGUCCCGUUGCCAGCAUUCCGCCGUCCCGUUGCCAGCAUUCCGCCGUCCCGUUGCCAGCAUUCCGCCGUCCCGUUGCCAGCAUUCCGCCGUCCCGUUGCCAGCAUUCCGCCGUCCCGUUGCCAGCAUUCCGCCGUCCCGUUGCCAGCAUUCCGCCGUCCCGUUGCCAGCAUUCCGCCGUCCCGUUGCCAGCAUUCCGCCGUCCCGUUGCCAGCAUUCCGCCGUCCCGUUGCCAGCAUUCCGCCGUCCCGUUGCCAGCAUUCCGCCGUCCCGUUGCCAGCAUUCCGCCGUCCCGUUGCCAGCAUUCCGCCGUCCCGUUGCCAGCAUUCCGCCGUCCCGUUGCCAGCAUUCCGCCGUCCCGUUGCCAGCAUUCCGCCGUCCCGUUGCCAGCAUUCCGCCGUCCCGUUGCCAGCAUUCCGCCGUCCCGUUGCCAGCAUUCCGCCGUCCCGUUGCCAGCAUUCCGCCGUCCCGUUGCCAGCAUUCCGCCGUCCCGUUGCCAGCAUUCCGCCGUCCCGUUGCCAGCAUUCCGCCGUCCCGUUGCCAGCAUUUUGCCACCCUGUGGACAGCAGCACUUGGUCCCACAACCACAUGAUCGUAUCUCCUUACCACGUAGUCUCAUUCCACCAUCCUACCUCCCACCACUUACUCCCAUAUCACCUCCUUUACCCCUACCACGUACUCCCAACUCACAUCCUCAACCUCUAA